AUGCCGGCCGCACAAGACAAAGGCGCCCGGCCGUACGGGAUCAUCGUUCUGGGGGCAACUGGAUUCACGGGCACCAUGGUCUGCGAGCACAUUGCAGCCAAGAUGCCCACCAAUCUCGAGUGGGCCAUCGCAGGCCGUUCCCAGGAACGUCUUGCGCAGUUGGCAGCCAAGCUCAAGUCAGCCCACUCCGACAGGGUGCAGCCAUCUCUGGAGACUGUCAUGCCCAACGAUCCCGGGACUCUCGCAGCCGCCGUUGGCAAGGCGCAGGUCUGCCUCAGCGCCGUCCUCUACUGCCAAGACGGAGAGUCUGUCGUCAACGCCUGCGUGGAACAAGGCACCGACUACGUCGACUGCGCCGCAGUGCCCACCCUGCUCCGAGACUGGAUCCCCAAGUAUCACAAAGAGGCUGAGGAGAAGGGGGUCGCGCUCAUUCACUCAUGCGGUGCCAUGACAGGCGAGAUGGACCUCUUCGCGAUACACGCGCAUGAUAUGAUCUCCAAGACAUGGGGACCGGGUGCCCGCAUGGGCAGAAUAACCCUCCGCGCGGACGAUCUCGACCCCAAUGUCAGCGGCGGCACCUUACGGACCAUGGUCACAUUCGCAAGUGGCGGGCCUAAGGAGAUUGCCGCAGCGGAGGAUCCCUCCUUGCUGACGCCUAUUCCAUACACGACUCGGCUUAAACAGCCUCCGUGGAUUCAUCGCCAUCCUAUCCUCGGGCUCCUGUCCAAUUCCUCGCCGCCAGGCGCCCAAACACGCACCUUACUCAAUCGGUCAUGGGGCUUAUUAGGCGGUCCUAAGGGCAGCUGGGGCCCUAACUUUGAGUACUACGAGUACGAACGCGCCUAUUCGUACCGAGGUGGCAUCCUGAGUAUUCUCCGCUGCCAGCUCGUCCUGUUCUUCUUCUCGCUCGUACGGUUCACUUGGUUCAAGAACCUACUUCUAAGCACCGCGCGGCCCGUGGGCAGCGGGCCUACAGAGGAGACCAUCAAGGGGCUGCCCUUCUCCGCGGCGGUCCUCGUGGAGGCUGACUCGGCCGAGGAGAAGAAAGGUGGCUGCCUCAUCAAGAUGAAGUACUCGGAUGGCGGCUAUCCUUUUGCAGCCAUGCUCAUGGCCCAGGCAGGUGCCACACUGCUGUACGACCGACACCUGUCGGCGGGCAUCAAGGGCGGCUGUCUCACCGCGGGCGUCCUGGGGCCGGACUUUGUGAAGAGGGCAGAGUCCGGCGGGCUGGAGAUGGAGACGACCAUGCUGGACAAUCUGUAG